CCGAUAUUUUUGGGUCUGUGAUUUCCGUGUUAUUUUGUGGUAAAAGGUCAGUUCGGAUACGGUGAACGAACAUUUUUUCGAAAUCCUUUUGCCAACUUUUUAAUUUAUUACGCCGUUUGUUUGUCGCGAUUGUGUGUUUCGUUUAAGAAGAACUAGGAAAGUGCAUCAAAAAAUUGGCGUCUGAAAUAGAUGACGCCGAUGUCAGCCAUUCGGAAAUUAUGCGUCCCGCAUCUUCGGCCACACUUUUCGACAUCGAAGGUCCGACCGAAAAGGCGCAGAAAAAGGGCCCGCGUCACAGCAUAGACGCGCCCAUGGGGGGCAAGCGGCGCUCGUCCUUUUUGACCCUGAUGAUGCCCGACACGCCAUCGGCAGGUUCGUCGUCUUCGGGCGGCUGGCGGGGAUCGCUGUCCCACUUGACAUUGCCGACGUUUACGAUAACCUCACCCGACGGCGAAGGCAGGAAAUUCAAUUUCGGUCUGGGACUGAGACGUCACUCCCACAAUACGCUGCACAAGAGCGAUUCCAUGGUAUCAGUAUGCUUCCAAUCGCUGAUAACGUUCGUUAACAACGACAACUUGCACGGUUUGCAGUCGUUUUUUGAGUCCAAGCAGGUUCAAGUCGACGACAGGGACGAAAAUGGCACCACCGCGCUCAUGGUGGCUGCGGCCAAAGGCAAAUCGGCUUUCGUCCGCGAACUGUUGGCCAAUGGCGCCGAUCCCAACGCGGAAGACAACGACGGUUGGACCGCCUUACUCUGCGCAGCCAAAGAAGGCCACCUGGACGUCGUCAUGCAGCUUUUGGAGCACAACGCCGAGCUGGACCACAGAGAUAUGGGAGGCUGGACCGCCCUCAUGUGGGCGACCUACAAAGGUCGUACGGAGGUCGCCCUUCAUCUAUUGGACCGAGGGUCGGAGGUUAACGCCCACGGCAAUUUCCACAUCUCCUCCCUCCUGUGGGCGUCCGGCAGGGGCUACACCCAAAUCGUCAAGGCCCUGAUCGACCACGGGGCCAAGGUCAACGUCGGCGACAAAUACGGCACCACCGCCCUCGUGUGGGCCAGUCGCAAAGGUUACACGGAAAUCGUCGAGAUACUGUUGAGGGCCGGGGCCAAUAUCGAUACCGCCGGCAUGUACUCGUGGACGGCACUGAUAGUGGCCACGUACGGCAACCACGUGGACGUGGUGAACCUGUUGCUCGAGCACAAGCCGAACGUGAACGCGUUAGAUAAGGACGGCUGCAGUCCGCUCACCAUCGCCUGCAAAGAGGGUUUCUACGAGAUCGCCACCGCCUUGUUGUCGGCCGGUGCCUACAUUAACAUCCAAGACAGGGUGGGCGACACAAAUUUGAUACACGCCGUGAAGGGGGGCCACAAGAACAUCGUGGAGGCGCUGCUCAAAAAGUACGCGGAUGUCGAUAUACUAGGCAAAGAUCGUAAAUCGGCCACUUACGUGGCGGUAGAAAAAGGCAACGUGCAAAUCGUUAGGCUUUUGCUGAACCAAAAUCCCGAUCUCGAACAGUCCACCAAAGACGGAGACACGCCCCUUUUAAAAGCUGUCAGAUCGAGAAACGCCGAGAUAGUUCAAUUGCUGCUGGACAAAAAAGCCAAAGUGUCGGCGACCGACAAAAAGGGAGACACCGCCCUCCACAUAGCGAUGAGGGCGCGCUCCAAAGCGAUCGUGGAAAUUUUGUUGAGGAACCCGAAACACAGUCAGCUCUUGUACCGGCCCAAUCGAAGCGGAGAGACGCCCUACAACAUUGACAUCAGUCAUCCGAAGACGAUAUUGGGACAAAUUUUCGGUGCCAGGCGCUUGAACACGAACGAAGAUAACGAGAACAUGUUAGGUUACGAUCUGUACAGCAGCGCCCUCGCAGACAUACUGAGCGAACCUUCCUUGUCCAUGCCCAUAACGGUUGGGUUGUACGCGAAGUGGGGUAGCGGCAAGUCGUUUUUGCUGAACAAACUGCGAGAGGAGAUGAAGAGCUUCGCGCGCCAAUGGGUAGACCCGAUCUUCCAGUUCUCCAGUCUAUUGUUUCUGGUGAUUUUGCAUUUGUCGUUGAUAAUCUCGACGUUUGUUUAUAUCGCGAUAGAGUCGACCACCAAAGACCUGCAGCCUGAGUUAUGGUCGUUCAGUGUCGGGCUUGCGUUCUGUGCGCUCUGCUGUAUAUUUAUGCUGUUUGUGUGGUUCGCUGGCAAAAGCUACGACUGGGACUGGCCGUACAACUUCAACGCGAAACUCAGCCAGAAAAUGAACAAUCUGAAGCUGGUGCUUCAGAUACUGUUUUGUCAUCCGCCCGGGUUGACGUCACAGGACGGUAUAUCCGCCCAGCCCAUUCAGUUCUACUUCACUGACCAAACGCGCGUCAGCAGUACCACCGGCGGCGAGAACUCAGUAGUUCAAAUGAUCGGCUCCUUGUACGACUCCAUCGAGGCGCAUUACGGGUCUCUGGCCACCCGAUUGUACAGGUCUUUUCGACCCAAACCAGUGAAAUCUUCGUCGUCGUGGACUUGGAGGAAAAUGUGCUGCUUGCCAUACGUGGUUUUAUUCGAAAUUUCGUUUUGCGUGAUCGUAAUCGGUUUGAGCGCUCUGGCCUACUACCUGAAUCGUAUGUUUAGUAAGAACGACGAAUCGGAUGUGGCCAAGUCCACCUUAGAGAUAAUACUGAUCGUGGCCGCUUUCCUGCUGGCCAUCGUCACCGUGGCGAACGUCUACACGUGGAGCAAACUGUUCAGGUCGAUGUUCUUCUCGCAGCGAAGGCACCUGCAAAAAUCCAUAUCGAAACUGGAAACGCUCAAGUCCGAGGGUUUCCUCCAGACGCUCAGGCAAGAGGUGAACCUGAUGAAGGACAUGGUCAAGUGUCUGGACGGUUUGAGCUCGCAGCAGACCCGGCUGGUAAUCAUCGUCGACGGGCUGGACAGUUGUGAGCAAGAGAAGGUGCUACUGAUCCUCGACACCGUGCACAUGCUCUUCUCCGACGCCAACGCCCCCUUCAUUGUGAUAUUAGCUAUAGAUCCGCACGUCAUCGCCAAGGCGGUCGAAAUGAACACGCGACGGUUGUUCAACGACAAUAAUAUCGGCGGUCACAGUUAUCUCAACAACAUGGUACACUUGCCGUUUUACCUGCAAAAUUCGGGACUGCGCAAGGUGAAGAUCGCGCAGCAGACCGCCUCGGCGCAUCGGAAGGCGACCACGUCUGCAGGCUGGUCCGAAAACGACGAAAACUUGAACACUUUCCUGGCCCGCUCGUCGUCGAACCGUCGCCUGUCGAACGAAAUCGCUCAGAUGUCGAGCAGCAAGGAAAACCUGCGCUUCGCCGGUAGGAAGAACUCGCGCAAACUCAAACUGUCCGAAUCGGUAGCCAGUUCGAUCGGGUCGAACCUGAACAAAAUAGGCGGGGCCCAGGAUCUGACCAAGAUGCUGCUCACCGACGAUUACUUCAGCGACGUGAACCCACGCUCGAUGCGUAGACUAAUGAACGUCGUCUACGUUACCGGGCGUCUGCUCAAAGCGUUCCAGAUCGACUUCAACUGGUACCGUUUGGCGUCGUGGAUCAAUAUCACCGAACAAUGGCCGUUCCGCACGUCGUGGAUUAUUUACCAUUACGACUUGUACGAGGAACAGCUCGACGACAAUACGCCGCUGAAAUUGAUCUACGAAAAGAUCAAGCCCUUGAUCCCGUCGCUGAAAGACUCCGAGCCGCUCCUCGAACUCGACAGGGACGAGAAAAAGUUCGAGAUAUUCCUCAGCUUUCACCGUUCGAGCCUCCUGAUCAGCGACCUCAAGAUUUUCCUGCCUUUCACCAUCAAUCUCGACCCGUACCUUAAGAAAGUGAUCAAAGAGGAGACUCAAAACUUGGAGGAGGAGAACGCGUUCGUGUCGAUGAUGCGAAGCUCGGUCGCCUACGGCAACCCCCAAAUGGCGGGCCAAUGGGUGACCGACUGGAGCGGGCAGCCGCGACCAUUGGCGGCAGCUUCCGCGAGGGAAAGACGUCAGGGCGUGGCUAGCGUCGCCAAAGUGUUACCGACGCCCGCGCAGAACGUCAUGUACGCGCAGCCGCAGGAGAUGUGGCCCCAGUUCGACCCGAUGCCGAGGAUGCCCGCCCAUCCGGCGAUAGGUUUGCCGACCGGUUUGGAGCCGGAUAUCGCGGACUGCGCACUGUCGAACCUAAACGUGGAGGGGGUGUGCAAGCUGCUGUCCAAGAUUCGGGACUUGAGCCAGAACGCUCUGCCCGAAUACGUCAAACUCAUCAGGGACAACAAUAUCAACGGGAAAGUACUGUUGCACUGCGACUUGGACGAUUUAAAAGCGCUGCUCAACAUGUCGUUUGGAGACUGGGAAAUGUUCAAAGCGGCCGUGAUAUCUCUAAGGGAAUACGAGAUAAGGGGCCUGGCGAGGUCCCAGGAAGCGCCUGCUGCUGCGGCAAAGUCGUCAAAGUUCGAGAGGAAGGGUAGUAUGAAAGGAACUAGCGGCUCGAGCGACAAGGUGGAAGGUAAAAUGCAAGUGGAAGCGCCGCGGGAACGAAAGCAGAGUAUAAUUGAAAAACAGGUAACCCUGGAGGAGCAGAUGAUAUGCGGCGCCCUGCAGACCCUGAACGAGGAAGCUUGCGAGGACGUGAUGCAGGAAACCGAAGAGACCAAGAUCACGAUCGAUCCCGAUCUGCCUCAGACGUCGAUAAUUCCGCCGAGUCCCGAGUGUCCCCAAGAUUACCAGACGCCACGCAGGAGACGCUCGCGGACGAACAGCUCCAGCGGCGUAGGCGAGGCGGAUUUCGUUUUGUUGCAAUCCUCGCCCGUCGGUCACAUGCACUGGCAGCCCGUCAGCCUCUCGGUGGCCGAAAGUUUGAGCGACCAAAGCUCCAGGGGCAGUUCGCAGCCGCCCUCGCCAGCGCUGGAACGAAAAACCUCCUUCGGUAACAGGAGCAGCCUCAAAUGCGGGGAGAACCCUAACCGCGGGCGUCACGUGGUCAUCAAAACCGACUACCCCGAUCACCACCGGGUGAGCAUCUCGACCAACGACUCGACCGUGGUGUACGAGACCCCCGCCACCAGAUGUCUCGAGUACAAACACUCGUCUUCCCAAACCAAACCAAGGCCUUCGUCGCUGAACCUGAUCAAACCGGAAGCGAAACCUCAAAGACCCUCGCUGCGCAUCCGAUCCAAGUCGAUCGACAACACUCAAACCACUGCCAAGAAAGACAAAACCAGGGAACGGUCCGCGGGCAUGGACAAACUGCACCAUCUCAAAGAGAAACUGCUCAGAUCGAGUCCGGACCUGAACGAGACCAGCGACAACGAGAGUACCCCUCUUGUGUCGGAGGUUUCGUCACCGUCCAAUCGUUCCGGAGGCAGUUCGGAGAUGAAAACGUCCGAAUCUAUCAGCGACCCGAUAUCUCCAGUGUCUCAGAAGAGCGCCUCUCCCGACGACGUCUCACUAAAGCUCAGCAGGAGCGAUCAGAACCUCGAGGCGACUCAUCGGCGGUCCAGGACCGUCUCAGGAGACUCCGUCAGCUCCAUAACGGCCUUCUUGGAAAAGAUAGACUCCAGGGAACUUUCCAGCGGCAGUUUGCACAGCGCGGGCUCCGGCCAUUUGCUGCGACAGUGCGCCCUCGACUCUGACGAGCAUUUGACGGACAUUUAUUGUGAUACGGGCAGAGAAAAUUGAACGCGACGUCGUUCUUUAUCAAGUGCCUCCGGGGGAGACGAGUCGACGCGUCGGCUGGGGUGGAAUAGGGCGGGCUCGACCCGUUUCUCGCUCAGUUUUGUUAUCAACUUUGAGUAUACAAAAAGGAAAUGUCGGCAAUAAAAACACAACAGAAAACAGCAACUAAAGUAAAAAAAACUCUUUAAACGAAAAUUGAAUUGAAAUAACAGGCUGCUACUCUCAUCUGAAAUUACGGAAAAGCAAACCAAAUUACGCAGAAGGAUAUCAACUAAUCUGUGAAUUGAAGACCAUGAUGCAAAAAGGUGCCAACUCACUUUUUUUAGUUUUCAAAUAAAUUGAGCUAAAGUUUAUCUCCCGGAACUUUUCAUGUGACUUAAUUUUAAAUAUUUGUAGAUGUUAUGAUGCAUAAAGGUACAUUAAAAAAUCUUGUAGCAGGUCAACUUCGGAAGAAAUAUAUUUGCAAUGCCAAAAAAAUUAGAAAAAACAAGGGAAAAAAUGAAUUAACACCUUUUUCAGAGUUAUUGUUUAUAAUGAGCCAUGAUCAUAAGUAAAUGAAAAGAGUGUUAUAUGUACAAAAACUAUUUAUUUAGCAACAUUUUUGGAUUCAAUGACUCUUUUUCUCCUCGUUUCAAAUUAUAAUAGAAGCAUCUGAGGUUUUCUGGGAUGAAAGGAAUCUGUUCCUGGAUAUUGUCAUAUUUUACUAACAAAGUGUUAAUUUCGGGUUCGGACCUAGUCAUCUUUCUGUUUUUCCGUUUAUCAACGCUUUUCCAAUCCUCAGCCGCAACGAACGAAUAUUUAUAUUUGGUUCGACUUGAAGCCACCGAACUUCCCUAAAUAAAACUUUUUCAUUCGUCAUUUUUUUUUUUAUUCUAAUUUCAUUGCCAAACUUUUCAUUGCAUUUUAAACUACACUUUUACCUGCAGAGACGACUUUCAGUACAGGGAAAUUUUUCUGGGACCUGGUAUACCUUUAAACACUAUUUUUUUUCAGGAAAUGAUUUUCUUUUUCUUGACUUAUCCUUAUUUUCAAGGGCGGCUUCUUCCCCUAUCUCUUGUACGUAAAAAUACAAAAAAAUAAUUUUCUUUGGUAAAUUCACACGUUAGAAUCAGUACUUGACCCAUUACUGGCAAAUUAUCGUUAGUAACGGCAACGUCUGCAAUCUUAGUGUCCUGAUUUUCAGAUUCCAAUUCCAAUAUUGGCGAGAUGAUUUUCUGAAGUCUGCACCUUUUAAUGGGAAGCUCAGCAUCUCAGUCACCUGAAAGACGUCAAAAAACUUUUAUUAAUUUGAACUAAAAUCUGAAACUAUUGCAAAUGUAAAAAAAAAUACUACUUGUCGAGUUAUCACUAUUUGCCUCCUUGGUAAUUCUUGAAGAAAAAAUGGUCUGGAUACCGCGGGAUCUUGGAACUGGUUCACUGGUUGGCAUUUGCUGAAGUUUAGUUUUUUUGGGGGACGUCGGUUGUAUUUCCCUAUUAUCGGUAUUACUGUCGCCUAAAAAUAGGUAUAUUAUAAAAAACAUUAACCCUUGACAAAAAUAAUAAUGUACGAACCUUCUUCUGACGGAAAAUGUUCAGAGCCUGGAUCUUAAAACAUUCAACUAAAUAGGCACAAUAUGCUUCUAAAUUUCGAUGCACCUCGUAACACUUUUAAGAUUACCCGUCUACGAGAAUUGGGAGAAUCUAUGACUCGAAAGAUUUACUAACAAACGGAAAACUGAGUUAACACCUUUUUUCAUUAUGGUCUUCAAUUGCGCUCGUGUUUCAUUGAAACAAACUUUGUUUUUUAAAUUUACAUAAACACAUAGAGUAAGAUCACGUCAAGUGGACCCCAUUUACCACUUGAUCA